ACCUCAGCCACGGCGGAGUUCGAGAGGAGUAUCAAGAAAUUCGCAGUGUUUUUAACAAUGGAAGAGACCAUUCUGGUAUCACAUCCGUGCUCUUUGAUUCUGUUGAAGAACUGGUUUGGACAGGGAAUCAGUCAGGUUACUUGGCCUCUUAUUUUGGACCAGAACUUCAGAAGUACACGUCAUUCAAAGUUCACCAUAGUGAAAUCCGUCACAUGACCAUCCAUGACCAUGGAAUACUGUCUCUCUCGAGUAACAAACUAUGCUUCUCAGCUCGUUCUGGCCUCGGAAUCUUUAACCUGAGUGGCUCUGAUCUGUCAGACAUGCAGUGUAUGUUUCAGAAAGAUGAGACACAUUUGUGGGUUGCUGGUCAUCAGGGAGUGAUGUUAGAUGUUGACUUGAGAAAAGGAGGGAUAAGUAAAACGAUUGAAGUUGAUCCUGGCAUUGUUGUGAUGAAACAGUCUAAUCGUUACCUCUGUUGUGGUGAUACAUCUGGCAAGGUGCGGCUUAGGGAUCCAUCCUCUCUGAAGUCUGAGCAUGUGUUAGAGGCACAUACUGGAACCCUGUCAGAUUUUGAUGUAUCAGGAAAUCUUCUUGUCACUUGUGGGUUCUGCUCUAGAAUGGGGCAUUUAGCAAUAGACAGAUUUCUCAUGGUGUAUGAUCUUAGAACACUGAGAGCUAUUCCACUUCAGGUUGCCAUUGAUCCAUUGAUGGUGAAAUUUGUACCUGCAUUCACCUCAAGAGUAGCAGUAGUUUCUCAGAAUGGCCAAUUUCAGCUUCAUGAACCAGGUGGUCUUGUAACACAGUCAUCGAUGAUGGUGUACCAUGUUAACACUCAUGGCUCUUUAUGCACCACUUUUGACAUUUCUGCAACAUGUCAGUCCAUGGUAUUUGGAGAUGCAGGAGGAAAUACACAUCUUUGGGGGGACACUCAAGAAAAAGAAAUUUUAUUUAACAUGUACUCGCAGGAAACAGAGUUCGCUACUCCUGUUAGUACAAGAGACCUGUGUCUGCUCAUUUCUGGUUCACUAUUAAAGUCCCUAUUCACCCUCAGAGAACCACACAUUCACCAAGAUUGCAAUCACCCAAAAAAGAAACAAGACUGUCAGUUGCUACUAGUUAAUAUUCUAACUCAUACUAUGGAGUUGUUUGUGUGGCAGAUUCCUCAUCUUCAUCCUAUGGCCAUUGAUGAUUAUUCUGUUCCACUCUCUACAUUUCCUCUACCUAUGCCAAACGGGCCACUACUUUCUGACUGGCCAACAGAAAAUAUGGUGUUCGAAGACAGGCCUACUCCACCAAUUGAACCCGAAAUUCUCCGCACUAUGGUUGUCAGGCACUUCAUUGGUUAUGCACCUAACCCCGGCAGCAGAAAACGAAACCAGGUAGCAUAUCCGCUGAAAGAUUUAUCAAUGAAUUCUCAAGAGGAAGAAAACAGUGUGCCAGAUUCGCCCAUGAACAGAGAUGAUGAUCCUGGAAAUGUUAUACCAAAGCACUACAGAAGAGUAGAGAUCAAAUACUCAAAACUUGGCGUUGAAGACUUCGAUUUCAAGCACUACAACAGGACAUCAUUUGCUGGUUUGGAGACGCACAUUCCAAAUGCUUACUGCAACGCCAUGCUCCAGCUCUUUUAUUUUAUCGAACCCCUUAGAGUUGGAAUGCAAAACCAUUUGUGCCAUCGAGAAUUCUGUAUGGCGUGCGAACUUGGUUUCUUAUUUCACAUGCUGGACAUGUCCUCUGGACAAACCUGCCAGGCCAACAACUUUCUCCGAGCUUUUCGUACCAUUCCUGAGGCAGCAGCGUUGGGUUUAGUCAUGAACGAUGUUGAUGAGUCCUUUGGAAAUGCUAAUUUUCCCCGCUUGAUACAAAGCUGGUUUAGAUUUGUUCUUCAACAGAUGCAUCAGGACACUCUUGAACCACGUAGUGUAACAGAUGGAGAAAAGGACGAUACACAAACUACGACUGGCAAACCUCAACAGAUGUCUUUAAUCCAGCGACUGUUUGGAUCAAAUGUACAGCUACUUAGUCGCUGUCGCUGUGGCAAAGAGUCCAAAAGAGAUUCCACCACAUUGUUGUUUAACUUAGAAUACCCACAAAUGUCUGACGAGAAGCAACAAUCUCCUGUGAGCUUCGAGUCAGUGAUAUCGUCAAGUUUGAGCCGAGAACAGAGUAUGCAGGCUUGGUGUGAUCAGUGCUCGAGAUACCAACCUACAGUUCAAAUUCGCAAAGUUAAGAAUCUGCCGGACAUCUUGGCACUAAACUGCGGUAUGGAACAUGCCAAAGAAGUUGAAUUUUGGAAAAUACAGCAGCAGUUGCUAGAUCCACCAAAAACUGAAGAGAAGCCCAUUGCCCUUCCAUCUUCCGCCCGUGCUUGUCGUUAUGGCAACGCGUGCUCCAGAUCUGACUGCAAGUUUAGACACGAUAAAGACGUUGCAUCGGAAGGCGGACGGGUGGAGGUUCCUGAUGACGAAAACCUACAUGGUUGGGUUCCACUCUCGAUAAUGAUAUCGCUUGACUCCGGUAAAAUGCAAGUGACCAAGAUUGACGAGAAUCAGAAAGUAAGAUGUUCGGAAAAUGAGGUCGUGUACGACCUGUUGGCGACCGUUGGCCAUGUGCAGGACUUCAAAUCGGGUGGAAACUUGCUGGCUCACAUUCAUGUUGGUAACACCUACCACAGCCGCAAAGAGGGCGUAACAUGCAGUCAGUGGUACCUAUUUAAUGAUUUCGCCAUCACUCCCAUAUCACCAAAUGAUGCAGUUCAUUUUUCGUUAGACUGGAAGUUACCAUGCGCUGUUGUUUUUACAAGGAGAGACAUAAAUGGUCGUCAUGAAACCACAAUCCGUCAAAGAAUCGAUGACAGUGUUUUGUACCAAGAUGUGUCCCUUGUCAGAAGAGGCAGCGUAUCCCGAGAGUUCACCCCUCUGGGGCCUGAUGAGCUGCCGAAAGAGGGAGAUCUUGUGGGGUUAGACGCAGAAUUUGUCACACUGAAUCAGGAGGAGGCAGAAAUAAGAAGCGAUGGCACUCGGUCAACCAUAAAACCAAGUCAAAUGAGUGUAGCACGUGUUACUGUCGUCCGAGGAGAUGGACAAUUGGCUGGUGUACCAUUUAUUGAUGACUACAUUUCAACCACAGAGCAGGUUGUUGAUUACUUAACCAAGUUUUCAGGUAUAAAACCAGGGGACUUGGACGCAACAAUGUCCUCCAAACAUCUCACCACACUUAAAACAACCUAUCGCAAGCUGAGGGCUUUAGUCGCAAGAAAAGUGAAGUUUGUUGGUCAUGGCCUGAAGAAAGACUUCCGAGUCAUAAACAUAUUGGUUCCAAAGGAGCAAGUAUUUGACACUGUGGAACUCUUUCAUCUGCCGCGUCAACGAUUCAUCUCCUUGCGAUUUCUGGCCUGGUAUUUUCUAGGGUUAACAAUCCAGUCCGAAACUCAUGAUAGUACUGAAGACGCCAAAACAGCUUUACAACUUUAUAGGAAAUACGAAGAAUUGUCUUCAAAAGGAGAGUUUAGAAAAGUUUUGAAACAGCUGUACGAAGAUGGAAGAAAGUCUGGAUGGAAAGUCGAAGAAAAAGAUUUUUAAUACCGCUUUUUAGCUUGGAGCAAGAUCAGAUGUUUUUUCCACUAUCUAUUAACGACGACAUUCCGUAUGGCUCGAAACAGUGUAGAUAUUGACAAGAUAUUAAAUAAUUUAUCAAAUGCA